CCGAUACGGACUUCUUGGCUAGUGUGUGGCUGGAGGUGGUAGUGUGAACAAGUGAGUUCGUCGUAGUUCUCGCAUCCUUCAGUUCCUGAGGCUGCUCGGUCGUCAUUUGCGUAACGCCUGAUCACGAAUAUUCCGUUUCUGUCGUAGACCCUGUUUUAUCCGUUCGUAAUUGCACUGAGCAUACUAGAUGAGAAAAAUUUGCCAUCACCGAAGAAAAUUUUGUUGACGUAAGGGAAAUUUAUUUCAAGCCAAGUGAGGUUAGGUUGCAUUGCCUAAUUGGAUAUUUGAAAAUACGUUAUCAAAUAUUUUCCACGAACAAAAUUCCACUGCAGAAUUCAAAUUGGAACUGACAAGAUGAGGUCCAGGUGCAAAACGUGUCCGAAAAACUAUGCAACAUUUGUAAGUCUUGCAUUCAUAAGCCUUGUGAUUUUAGUAUUACUAAGAACUGGGUGAAAAUUAUUGCUUCUUGUGUGCUCUUGCACGUCGUAAAAGAAAUCACGUUUUGAAGAUAUCAAUAUAAAAUACAUUGUUGUAAUCAGGCUGGGCUAUAAUAAACCGUAGGCCUAGACCUUAAUUCGUAACUACGGAAUUGAUUUUUACCAUUAUUUUGAAUGACGUUCAGAAAACUGAAAUAGCGUGAAUGUAAAAUAAAAGGCUUUUAACCUAGCUUGCCUCUUGUAUACCAAGAAAAGGAGACAUUGCCAAUUCGUGUUGUGUUCAGAAACAAAACUGUUAUUGGUCAAAUUGCGCAAGGUAAACCGUAGAAGAUGUCAACAAGCGCCUCAGGCAGUCCCGUGCGGGAUUCAUCUUCAUCUGCAAUGGGAUCUUCCGGGAGGCAAAUAGGCCUAGACGUAGGCCAGUGGAGUGCUGAUCCGAAAACUGGCGUUGUAACGCUGACGGAAUCAGCAUUGACUAGGCUUAUCAAUACGGACCCCAUCGAGAAGUGGUACAUAUUAGAACCAGAGCCAUUUGCAAGAGGCCAGUUCGCCGUGGUGUACCACGCUCGCCACCGCAUCACGGGCGACGAGUUUGCGGCGAAGUUUUCUUCGAGGUGGCGUAUGGGGGAGGACUGCACGGCCGACAUCCUUCACGAAGUGGCCGUGUGCGCCAUGAUAAAGGCCACACCGAGGGCCGUCCAACUCCAGGAUGUCUUCAGCACGGAGAAGGAGCUCGUCCUCGUCAUGGAGUACGCUGCCGGUGGCGAUCUCCAGACACUCUUGGAUGAGGACGUGGUACCGUAUGAGCGUGACGUCAUCAACUUCACCCGGCAACUCUUGGAAGGAUUAGUCUUCAUCCACGACAGAAAUAUUGUCCAUCUAGACAUCAAGCCGCAGAACCUGGUCCUGAUGGGCGAAUUCCCCGAUUGUGCGGUCAAGCUCUGCGACUUUGAGAUCUCCAGGGUCCUCACGCCCAGGAGGGAGAUUCGCGAGAUCCUGGGCACUCCGGAUUACGUAGCGCCAGAGAUCAUUCUUUACGAGCCCAUUACAACGAAGACUGAUAUGUGGUCAUUGGGGGUCCUAACGUACGUUUUGCUGACGGGGUUCUUGCCCUUCGGCGGGGAGACAGACCAGGAGACCUUCUUGGAGAUAUCUCUUGGCGAGCUGGACUUUCCAGAGGAGCUUUUCGAGGACAUCUCGGCAGAGGCCAUCGACUUCAUUAAAAAGCUCCUCAUUCGAAAUCCUCAGUUAAGAAUGAGCGCCUGUGAAUGCCUCGAACAUGCAUGGAUGAAGGCCGAUCUCAGUAAAGCGAAAAUACCGCCACAAACAACAACACAGAAAUCCUCAGUAUCGUCGCCGGCAGUAACUCCAACGCCAUCAUUGUCCUCCUCCUCGUCGCUCAUGACACCACAAAGCAUCUACACUUUCAGUGCCGGUGAACACAGUGCUUCCAUAUAUUCUCCUGCAUUGAUAUCUGCUCUUUCAGAUAUCAGUUCUGCGGGAAGCUUUGGUCAAUACACCAGGUCCUGUAGCUCUUUGAAUAACACCCCGUCAGCUGUGACGCCAUGCAACACGACUCCAACUAUCCAGACGCCUAACAACGCCACGCCCACAAUCCUGACUCCUAUGAGUUCCUCCCCUCGUGAUAUCGGUCUUCCUCCUGUUCAUCCUUACAGCAGCAGCAGCCAAAGGACAUCCGCUGUCAAUUCUACCCAUUCAUCCACGAAUUCCUUGUAUCGAGGAGGAUCUCGGCAGUCACUGGAUCGUGCCAGAAGCCUGUCUAAGUCUCGCGAAGUCCUUUACGAAAGAAUGCAGAUGUCUAACCAGAGGAAGUUGCUGUCUAAGUCCAGGGAAAGGUUAAACGAAGGCCGCCUUGCCCUGUCACGUUCCAGAGAGGAUCUUUUAGCCUUCCGAGCAUUUUCUCACUCAGAGGAAACACUUUCAGUGUUUAGCUGGCUAAACAAUGACGAUUCCCUUUACCAAAGCUGUAGUAGUGUCUUCCAACCAAUGCUUCCGAUGUUGGCCGAGGACAGGGUGUCAGGCCGUCUGUAUAAAAGUCUCGCCUCCAUCGAUAAAAUUGAUGAAGUUGGCACAGAUUCGCAUAUAUGCAGUGACCGUCAGAGUAUCUUUGACUCUCGAUUUUCAAUUAAUGACGAAGACUAUAAUAACCUCAUUACUAGGUAUAACACAGCAGUCAACAGCCAUCGCAGUACGCCACCCAGGGGGAGGAAAGGCGAAGGGCGCCGAAAUGGCAGCAGACAAGAAAGCAGAUUAAAAGGAAGUGGGUUAGGUGGGCGUGGCUCAAAUCUAUGUGAUAAACGAUGCUCUCGUCACAGUCGACAGGCUGAUUCCCAGUUAGUGCCAAAAACACCAAAAAUGAGUAAGGCAGAACGUAUGAAACGUGAUAACCAUAGGAGACGCAAAGGAAAGAAGGAGAAAGAGAAACAAAAAACAGAAAAACAAAGAUCAGAGCCACUAUCCAAAUCCCCAGAACCUGCGCCAGAUAACAUGUUACUAAAGCCCCCAGACAAAGCCUCCUGCAGCAGCAGCAGCAGCAGGGCUCCCUCUCCCUGCAAAAGGCGUGGUUCAGUGUCCCACGUGGAACAGAGGAUACAAGAGAGGCACGAGAGACAGCAAGAGAAAUUAGAGAGACAAGAGCGCCAGGACAAAACUGAACGGCGGGGCUCUGGAAAGGGCUCAGGGUCUAAUCACAAGAGAAGGGACUCGGGCGAGGAAAAGCACCCGAAAGAUAAAAAUAAAAACGGCAAAAAUAAAACGACUGAUACUAUUCCCAGCAGUUGCAUGGGCAGUAGGCCAAGAAGUAUUUCUCCAUCAAAAAGGAGUGUUAAGAAAACAAAUUCAAUGAGCAGUGAAGGAUCUCCAGCCUCAUCAUACGAAAGCGUCAAGGAAUUAAGCGAGUACCCAACAACAUCAAAGAGCAGUGGCACGGCCAGUCCAUUGCGAUCGCAAAGAAAUUCUGUUGGGGCAUCAAGUGAUAACUCUGAGCAUCGUGAGAGGAGAUCAGACAUGGAUGAAGCAUAUGUCUCUCUUGAGGAGCCAGUUGACGAUGGGAUAUUCAGUCGGAGUGAAAGCAUGGACAGCACCAUGACAGUAGAAUCUGAUCAUACUGUAAGAGAAACAGACACGUCGUCGGAUACACUCGAGUCAACCACGUUGCCUCUCUGCCAGCCUGAAGGUGAACCAUUGCAAUCCAACAAGGUGGUUGAUGAUGAUAGCGAUAUUCAUGUUCAAGAAGCAGACCCCAUCAAAGAAAAAAAGGAGAUCGAGUCAUGUAGCCAGAAGGUCGAGAGAUCUUCCUCCGAAAGUAUGCCAGAACUGACCGCCAUUAACGAGGAAGAAGAGGACGAGAAAAGUGUCUUUGCAAGAUCUGUCUCCACAAGCAGCGACAUCGGCAGUAUGCUGAGCGAGAACAGCGAGGCUGAUAAAGAAGACUCUGCCUCCAAGUCAACUGAAUCGCAGGAUACUGAAAAUGCUGCUGCUCUGGCCUGGAGGAGGAAAGGGCGAUCCAUGAGUAUGCAACCGAGUGACCCCCCACCGUUUUCCCACUUGCACCUUUGUAGGUCAAAUUCAUUCAAUCUCGUGAUGCCCCUUGGAGGGUUCGUAGCUCCUCCUUGGGGAGAGGUAUGUGAGGGAGCAGUCACUAGGGCUUUGGAAAUGUUCAAGCUUAAACCCGCUGACAUGACCUCGGCAAGUAGAAAUUUCUUGGAAAGAAGAGCGUCUCUUCAUAGUUAAUGGGAUUUCGUUUAACUUCAGAAGCAAUGGUUUUGCUGUGCUGACUGCAGCUUGGAAAUAAAAAAACAUAAAUAAUGUCAACCAACUGCUUAUAAGGCUACAUAUGUUAUUGUUAAACUGCAUUUGAACAUGUUUUCUCCGAAGAUUGUUUUUCUUAAAUAUAAUCUGAAUACCAUUGACUUUACAUUUCAGUGCAUUGUACAUUUAAACCCUGACUAACUGCAGGGUCUUUUUGCAAGUCCACAUUUUUUAAAAAUUAUUGUAUGGUGUAGUGUAUGGGCAGUUUGAGAAAAAAAUUGUUUUUAUUGUGAAGCAAUGCCAUUCCUACUUGGAAACUUGAGCGUAAAAAAUGCCAAGUGAACAAGAGAUCAAAGGUUACUACCUUUUCGGAAUGUUUACUUGUCAGAAGAAGUGAAUGCAAUUGGAAGGAACAUUUACUCUUGUUUAUUAGGGAUAUUUGUGCUUAGUAAACGGAUGGUAGACAGUUUCUGGCGGACUUACUGUUAUCGAAAGACCUGUGCAAAGGAAACGAAAGAGCUGUCACAUGAGUUGUUUUUGGGGAAAAGUGGCCAAGAAGGAAAAAGUGGAGUUGCACCUUAGCGUGAAAACUCUAGUGACAAUGUAUUUCAGAGUUGCUUACUAGAUAAAAACAGGUCCUUGGGAUGAGACUUCGUGUGAGAUUCGGAGCAUUUUAUAUACAAUUAUGAGGCUGUUGUGUUCAUACUUGUUUUACCUUAGUCAUACGCAAUGAUCUUGUGACUCAAAGACUGUUGUAUGAUACAGUACACGUGUAAAGAUACGCUUGAGAAUAUAGAUUUACGCCUGUAUAGAAUUAUUCGAUUUAAGUUGACUAGGAACUACGUACCAGAGUGCCUGGAAAAUGGUAAACAGCUUUAAGCUAUGUAAAUACAUACUCGAGAUUAGUUUUUAAGUUUUUUGUUUCACACUUUCGGGUACAUUGGUGAAGGUCCGUCGACGUUGCUGUUUAUCUAUAAUUGGUACGUAACGCAGAUGCUCUGUAAUACGUUUUUUAUUUGUUUUAAGAAUGUAUAAGCUUUAAAA